AUAGAAAAUUAAUUGAGAGCAGGUUGGUCCAUGGUUAUCACUAGAUAGAUUUUCGGCUAUCAUGACUACUUUAAUUAUGAAAUAUUGCACGGAUAAGUCUGUAUUGCUCUUUCCAUCUUUGCACAUAGCCCAUUGCCUUCGUUGGUGCACCGGCUUCUUUUCUUUCUCAAGUACAGGUUAUCCGUGAUCUUCCUUUGCAUUUCCAAAACAGUGUAGGCAAACUACAGUCAACCAGUGUGGGCGGUAUGGAUGAAAACACAACGAUGCGUCUAGUUUGACUGUGAUUAAUGUCUCUGCCGUGAUGUGCCAUAAAGAGGCCAUAGCGGAGUUAUUUCCCUAAAGGAAAAUGGAUGUGUUGACCAAAGGUUUUCCAUAGGAGCGUCGCUUAAACAGGCAGGUCAAGGCAAUCGGUUGCAGUAUGAAGAUUUGGAGUACAGAGCACCAGUUCAGUUACCCUUGGGAAACGGUUGUCAAAGCAGCAAUGAGGAAGUACCCCAACCCAAUGAACCCUAGUGUAAUUGGCGUGGACGUGCUGGACCGUGGUCUGGACUCCAGGGGGCGCCUUCACAGCCACAGACUUCUCAGCACUGAAUGGGGUCUGCCCAGCAUUGUACGGGCGAUCCUUGGCACCAAUCACACCCAGACAUAUGUCAAAGAACAUUCCAUAGUCGACCCAGAGGAGAAAAAGAUGGAACUUUGUUCAACAAAUAUUACAUUGACCAACCUCAUCUCAGUCGAUGAAAGACUUGUCUACCACCCACACCCAGAAAACCCAGAUGUAACUGUCCUGACUCAAGAGGCCAUCAUCACAGUAAAGGGGGUUAGUUUAAGUAGUUAUCUGGAAAGUAUGAUGGCCAGGAGGAUGUCAGCCAACGCCAGAAAGGGUUGGGAUGCAAUUGAAUGGAUUAUUCAAAACUCUGAAAGAGAAAAAGUACCUCUCUGUGAUAUUUACUAACCCUGGUAACCUUUCCAUUUCAUUCUUUCUCUAUUAAAAUGUUCAUUUAAUUAUUUCCAAACCUAACAAACCCAUGUAAUCUUCAGCAAACCUAAGUCAUAUGAUUUGUUUGUGCACAGGGUUACUGUCUGACCUGACUUUAUCUUAAAGGAAGGUGGACCCCAGAAAUACAAGAUAAUCUGUACGGUGGAAAGAGAUAAACUAUUUUGGGCAAAGCUCAGUGAAAUUACUGUCUGGAUUUAAAGGUUGUAGCUUAUUUUAAGUUUUUGGUAUGCAAUGAUUUUGGAACAAUAUAAAGAAAGUUAAAGUAAAAUAUGCAAAAAACUUUCUCAACUUCUACUUUGCCAAGCACCUCUAUGAUAUCAGACACUUAAGACUCUUUUAAAUGUAGUUCAAAUGCCAAUGUUGCACCUGGUGGUUAUUUUGUAUUUCGAGAGGCAUAAACUGUAGAUGAUAUGUUUGCAUGGUAGUUUAAGGGAAUACGAGGUAGUUUAUUGGUGGUAGUUUAUUGUUAUAAUAAGUCACUCAUGCAGUCACUUUAGAUGGAAAUAAGUCGCUUUUUGUGGCAGAAGAUAAUAAUGGGAAUGUAUAUAGCAUUGCCCUCUUCUGUCAAUACAACAACACAAUGGCACAGUGCAAGUCCCAUAUCAAUGGACUAAGACCAGCACAGUUAAACACAUAUGAGUUUUUAAAUAUUUAUCAUUUUAUUUAAGUGUAAGUUAAUCACAUUUUACAUGGCCUUAAAAUGAUGCCUGUGUACUUUGGUUUGACAGUGACUCAUGCCUUUACCAUCAUUAUGCUUCCAAGUGUUCAGACAAAGAACUACCUGUACUGUAUGUGCAAUGAUUUCAUUCAAUAUGCACUGAUACUAUCAUUUGUACUUGUUUUUGUUAAGUUAAUAAAUUGUAUUUAUGUAAGUCAUGUAUAUUAAAUUUGAUCCCAUUAUAUA